AUGGAACUUGUACGCAGGUUCCGGAACCUUGUUGGAACAAAGGCGGAUGUUGAGACCGAGCAGACAAAUAUCGACAACUCGACGGCGGAGAAGGACGCAGCACACACCGCCAGCGAGGCCAUCACCAAGGACGAGGAGAGACCGGACGAGGACGCCCAAAAUGGCGUCGAGAAGAUUGAGGCCGUGACUCUAGCCUGGAGCCGAAGCUCACUCUACUUGGUCCUGGUUCUCAUCUGGUUCCUCACCCUCGCCAACAACCUCAAGAGCGUCACCAUCAACGCCCUCACCCCCUUCGCCACCAGCUCCUUCGCCGCCUCCUCGCUCCUCACCGUCAUCCAGGUCGUCGCCGGCAGCAUGGGCAGCGCCGUCUACAUCCCCAUGGCCAAGGCGCUCGACCUCUGGGGCCGCGCCGAGGGCUUCCUGCUCAUGGCCGGCCUCGCCGUCCUCGGCAUCGUCGUCGUCGCCUCCUCCCACUCCCUGCCCGCCUACUGCGCCGGCUACGUCUUCUACGCCGUCGGCUUCAACGGCCUCGCCUACAGCUGGGACGUGCUCGCCGCCGACGUCACGAGCCUGCGCAACCGAGGGCUCGCCUUCGCCUUCACCUCGUCGCCGGCGCUCAUCUCCGCGUUUGCGGGGCCGAACAUCGCGGCGGGAUUUAUAGAAAGUGUGAACUGGCGCUGGGGCUACGGCUGCUGGGCGGUGGUGGUGCCGGUGUUUGCUCUGCCCAUCUAUCUCUUGCUGGCGUGGAACCUGCGCAAGGCCAAGAAGGACGGCAUCAUUGUAGAGAAGGCGGCGGUCAGUCGAAAGAUGAGCCUCGAAAACGUGAAAUGGUUCGUCACCGAGUUUGAUUUACUGGGUGUCUUUCUCUUUGCCGGCGGCCUUGUCGUCUUCCUCCUACCCUUCACCUUGGCGCGCACAGCUCCUCAGGGCUGGUCCACGCCGUACAUCAUCGCCAUGAUCGUCGUCGGCUUCGUCGUCCUGGUGCUCUUCACGCUCUGGGAGUGCCUCCUCGCGCCGGUUCCCUUCAUGAGCAGCAAGUUUCUCGCCGACCGCACCAUCCUUGGCGCCUGUCUCCUCAACAUGACCUACCAGAUCUCCUACUACUGCUACGCCAGCUACCUCCAGCCCUUCCUGAUGGUCGUCUACAACGUCGACCUGCCCACCGCCGGCUACGUCGCCAACACCUUCAGCGCCUGCGCCUUCCUUUUCCUCUUCCUCACCGGCUGGCUCGUCCGCCUGACCGGCCGCUUCAAGUGGAUUCUCUGGAUCUGCGUGCCGCUCUACAUCUUCGGCCUCGGGCUCAUGAUCCACUUCCGCCAGCCCGGCGGCCACAUCGGCUACAUCGUCAUGUGCGAGGUCUUCUUCUCCGCCGCCGGCAGCGUCUUCAUCCUCUGCUGCCAGCUCGCCGUCCUGUCCGUCGUCGACCACCAGCACGUCGCGUCCGCCUUCUCGCUGCUCUUCUCCAUGGGCGGCAUCGGCGGCGCCCUCGGCAGCGCCAUCUCGGGCGCCAUCUGGACCAACACGUUCUACCCGCAGCUCGUGCGGAACCUGCCGGCGGAGGAGCUGCCCAACCUCAUGACCAUCUACUCCAUGUACACCGCCCAGAUCGCCUAUCCGUGGGGCAGCCCGACGCGCGACGCCAUCAUCAAGUCGUAUAGCUAUGCCCAGCCUAGGAUGCUGGCUGCCGGUACCGCGUUCAUGGCCCUGGGCUUCAUUUGGGUGGGCAUGAUCAAGAACAUCAACGUAAAGAACAUGAGCCAAACCAAGGGCAAUGUGCUGUAA